AUGUGGCGGCUUCUCGCGCUGGCGGUGUCCGCCGCCGUGCUGGCGGCGCCGCGGCCGGCAAUGGCGGGCGACCCCUACGCCUUCUUCGACUGGGACGUCUCCUACGUUACCGCCGCGCCCCUCGGCGUCAAGCAGCAGGUGAUCGGCAUCAACGGCAAGUUCCCGGGGCCCAUCGUCAACGUCACCACCAACUGGAACGUCGUCGUCAACGUGCUCAACGACCUCGACGAGCCGCUCCUCAUCACCUGGAACGGGAUCCAGCACCGGAAGAACUGCUGGCAGGACGGCGUGCUGGGCACCAACUGCCCCAUCCCCUCCGGAUGGAACUGGACCUACGAGUUCCAGGUCAAGGACCAGAUCGGCAGCUUCUUCUACUUCCCCUCCACCGCCCUGCAGCGCGCCGCCGGCGGCUUCGGAGGCAUCGUCGUCAACAACCGAGACGUCAUCGCCGUGCCAUUCGCACGCCCCGACGGCGACAUCACCAUCCUCAUCGGCGACUGGUACAACAGGAACCACACGGAUCUGAGGAAGAUGCUGGACGAGGGGAAGGACCUCGGGAUGCCGGACGGAGUGCUAAUAAACGGCAAGGGCCCGUACCGGUACAACGACAGCCUUGUUCCGGCCGGCAUCGAGCACGAAACCAUCGAUGUGCAAUCAGGACGGACGUACCGCAUCAGGGUGCACAACGUGGGCACGUCGACGAGCCUCAACUUCCGGAUCCAGGGGCACAACAUGCUGCUGGUGGAGACGGAGGGCUCCUACACCACGCAGCAGAACUACACCAGCCUCGACGUCCACGUCGGCCAGUCCUACUCCUUCCUCGUCACCACGGACCAGAAUGCCACCUCCGACUACUACGUGGUGGCCAGCGCCCGCAUGGUGAACGAGUCCCUCUGGCGCCGCGUCACGGGCGUCGCCGUCCUCCGCUACUCCAACUCCGGGGGCGCCGCCUCCGGCCCGCUCCCGGACCCGCCGCAGGACCAGUUCGACAAGACACUGUCCAUGAACCAGGCGCGGUCCGUGCGGUGGAACCUCAGCGCGGGCGCCGCGCGGCCCAACCCGCAGGGCUCCUUCCGGUACUCGUCCAUCAACGUCACGCAGGCGUACCUGCUGCGGAGCGAGGCGCCGGCGGAGAUCGGCGGGCGGCGCCGGGCCGCACUGAACGGGCUCUCCUUCUCCCCGCCGGAGACGCCGCUGCGGCUCGCCGACGCGUACGACGUGAAGGACGCCUACACCCUCGACUUCCCCGACAGGCCGGACGCCGCGCGGCCGCCCCGGAUGGCGCGGUCCGUCAUCAACGGCACGUACCGGGGAUUCAUGGAGAUCAUCUUCCAGAACAACGACACCAGGAUGCAGAGCUACCACAUGGACGGGUACGCCUUCUUCGUCGUCGGGAUGGACUACGGGGAGUGGACGGAGAGCAGCCGGGGUACGUACAACAAGGGGGACAGCGUGGCGCGGAGCACCGUGCAGGUGUACCCGGGUGCCUGGACGGCGGUGCUGGUGUCGCUCGACAACGUGGGGUUCUGGAACCUGCGCUCCCAGAACCUCGACUCGUGGUACCUAGGCCAGGAGGUCUACGUCAGGGUCGUCAACCACGAAGACGGCGCCAACAAGACAGAGAUGGCCAUCCCUACUAACGCACUCUACUGCGGCCAGCUCCACAAGUACCAGAAGGAGCAGACUCCUCAUCACAAGAUGGCGGCGGCAUCUGCCGCGGCUCCGUCGCAGUCGGACGUGGGGAGCCAGCUUGUCGCCGCGGCGAUGAUGCUCCUCGUCGGAGCCCUGACGUUCGCGUUGUAG